GCUGGGCUGCAGGCACCGUGCGGGGGGGCCGGGGCCGGCCUGGGCAGCGUGGGCUCCCCCGGUGCGUCCCACCCCGCCGCACCAUAAAAGCGGCGGCAGGCGGUGCUCGGCAGCAGGAGCUGUUGGAAGCCGGCGGAGCUUCCCCUCAGCAUCGCCUGCCCCACGCUGCUGCCCGACCCGCACCGGCAGCCCCGGCCACGGCAUCCCAUCCCCAGAAGCACGAUGGUGAUGCCAGCUAGCGCCAGCCUCCUCCUGCUGGUGCUGGUGCUGCUGCUGUGCUGGGUGGCCCCCAGCAAGCAGGAGCCAGCGCCGGUGCAGCUGCGGCUGGCGGGGCCCCGAGGCCCGGCCGGGGAGGGACGGCUGGAGGUGCUGUACCAGGGGCGCUGGGGCACCGUCUGCGACGAUGGCUUUGACUUCCAUGUGGCCACCGUCGCCUGCCGGCAGCUGGGCUACACCGCGGCCAUCACCUGGACCCAUAGUGCCACCUACGGCCAAGGGGAAGGCCCCAUCUGGCUGGACAAUGUGCGGUGUGGGGGUAGCGAGAGCUCCCUGGCAGAGUGUGUUCACAACGGGUGGGGCACCAGCGACUGCCACCACGGUGAGGAUGCCGGCGUGGUGUGCUCGGGACAGCGCGGGCCCAGCGGCUCCCCCCAGGCCAUCUCCUCUGGUCACCUGGGAGAGCAGGUGCGAGGGCUGAGCCUGGAGGAGGUGCAGCUCAAGCCCAUCCUGGCGCGGGCCAAGCUGAGCAUGCCGGUGACGGAGGGUGCCGUGGAGGUGAAGCACAACGGGCGCUGGAGGCAGGUGUGCGAUGCUGGAUGGACCAGGAACAACAGCCGUGUGGUCUGCGGGAUGCUGGGCUUCCCCCGGGAGAAGCACCUCGACACCAGCUUCUACCGGAAGCUCUGGAACAAGAAGCUGAAGGACCCCAAGUCCCGCCUGAAGACCCUCAGCCAGAAAAACAGCUUCUGGGUGCACAGGGUGCGAUGCCGGGGCACGGAGCCCCAUCUGUCCCGCUGCCCCACGGAGGUGUCCCCGCCAGCCCCCCACCAGCACGCCUGUCCCCACGGCAUGCAUGCCAUCGUCAGCUGCCUGCCCGGCCCUGCCUUCCGGAAGGGCACAGACAAGGGCAGGAGCAAGACUCCCCCAGGAAAGGUGCUGCCGGUGCGGCUGCGAGCAGGCACCCACGCCGGCGAGGGACGGGUGGAGGUGCUGCGCCAUGGGCAGUGGGGCACUGUGUGUGACAAGCAGUGGGACCUGGCCGCGGCCAGCGUGGUGUGCCGGCAGCUGGGCUACGGGACGGCAAAGCAGGCCCUGCUGGGAGCCCAGAUGGGCCAAGGCCUGGGGCCCAUCCACAUGAGCGAGGUACGGUGCACUGGCCAUGAGCGCUCCCUGGGCGAGUGCCGCUUCCAGGAUGCUGAACAGAGCGGGUGUCGGCAUGAGGCUGAUGCUGCCGUCCGCUGCCACGUCCCCAACACGGACUUCAAGAGCCAGGUUCGUCUGGCCGGGGGCCGCAGCCCCGAUGAGGGAGUUGUGGAAGUGCUGGUGCCGGUGCAGGGGCAGCUGCAGUGGGGCGCAGUGUGCGGUGCACAGUGGGGGCUCAACGAGGCCAUGGUGGUCUGCAGGCAGCUGGGGCUGGGCUUUGCCAGCCAUGCCCUCCAGGAGACGUGGUAUUGGGCAGGCAGCCCCGAUGCCAGCCGGGUGGUGAUGAGCGGGGUGCGCUGUGCCGGCACCGAGCUGGCCCUCCAGCAGUGCCAGCGCCAUGGCCCCAUCCACUGCCCCAGCGGCGGCGGGCGCUUCUCAGCGGGGGUCACCUGCACUGCCCACGCCCCGGACCUGGUGAUGAACGCCCAGCUCGUGCAGGAGACAGCCUACCUGGAGGACCGGCCACUGGAGCUGCUGUACUGUGCCCAUGAGGAGCGCUGCCUCUCCCGCUCCGCCGACCACAUGCAGUGGCCCUACGGCCAUCGCCGCCUCCUCCGCUUCUCCUCCCAGAUCCACAACCUGGGCAGAGCCGAUUUCCGACCCAAGAUGGGACGCCACGCCUGGACCUGGCACCAGUGCCACCGGCAUUUCCACAGCAUCGAGGUCUUCACCCACUAUGACCUUCUGACACUCAAUGGUUCCAAGGUGGCUGAAGGGCACAAGGCCAGCUUUUGCCUGGAGGACACCAACUGCCCCGAGGGGCUGCAGAGACGCUUUGCCUGCGCCAACUUUGGGGAGCAGGGGGUGAGCGUGGGGUGCUGGGACACCUACCGCCACGACAUCGACUGCCAGUGGAUCGACAUCACCGAUGUGCCACCUGGCAGCUACACCUUCCAGGUGGUUGUGAACCCUAAGCACGAGGUGGCAGAGUCGGACUUCUCCAACAAUGUGAUGCGGUGCCAGUGCAAGUACGAUGGGCAGCGUGUCUGGAUGCACGGCUGCCACACAAGUGAUGCCUACGGUGCUGAUGUCGUGAAUGACCUGGAGCGACGGGAGCGCCUGGCCAACAACCUGGUGUAACCCCAUGGCAUUGGCACGCUCCCAGCAGUGUCGCAGGGCUGCCCAGCUCCCACACCCCAGCCCCUGUGCCCUGGCAGCACCAACACUGAGCUCAGGGACUCGAAGACUUUUGUAUUUAUUGAUGCUGCUGCAGCGGAUGGAGACAAGCACCAGGGCCGGUGGGGAGUGCCCGGGGGGGGUGCUCAGCCCCGCACCAUCAGGACCUGCAAGAGGGGCCCAGGUACCACAGCAGCGCCCACCUUGGUGGCUCCGGUCCCCCCCCCCAGGAUGACUACCUCAGCCUGCUGCCUCGGGACAGGCCCUGGCCACUGCCACCUGUGCACCAGUCCUGUCCUCAAUAAAGGUGCUGUGCUAUGGGAGAUGGGGUAUCCCCUUAUCAACCCCAGCAGCCCCUGCUCCUUCCUCUGCGCUAUUCCCCACCAGGACCAUGAAGCCAGUCCCCAACCAGGAUCAGCCCUGGUCCAGGUGAUG